GGGAAGGGGCUGAGGGAGGCGGAGGUGGCGGCUCCGCGCUGCCUUCCCCGCCCGCGCUCCCUUCCCCGCCCGCCGGCACAGCGCGGGACGGAGGAGCGGCGGCCCCGCGGUGGAUGCGGGAGCAGCGCCGGCUCAGGAAUGCAGCAGCCGGGCGGCGCGGACCGGAGCCUCCCGCUGCUGCUCCCGCUGCUCCUGCUGCUGCGCGCGGGCAGCCGCGCCGAGCCCGGGGACGCCACGCAAGGGGCAAAUUCCUCAGUUGUUGCUGAUUUCAUGCCCACAUCAUCAUGGAACAUCUCCAGUGAAUUAGAUAAAGAUUACUUCCUGACGCUGGAUGAGCCCAUGAACAACAUCACCACCACGCUGGGCCAGACGGCAGAGCUGCACUGCAAGGUCUCUGGGAAUCCCCCUCCCACGGUCCGGUGGCUGAAGAACGACGCUCCGGUGGUGCAGGAGCCCCGCAGGAUCUCCUUCCGUGCCACCAGCUACGGGUCCCGCCUAAGGAUACGGAACCUGGACACCACGGACACCGGCUACUUCCAGUGCGUGGCCACCAACGGCAGGAAGACCGUGUCCACCACCGGGGUGCUAUUUGUGAAGUUUGGUCCCCCGCCAACAGCCAGCCCAGGAUCCUCGGAUGAGUAUGAAGAGGACGGGUUCUGCCAGCCCUACCGGGGCAUUGCCUGCGCGCGGUUCAUCGGCAACCGCACCAUCUACAUGGAGUCCUUGCACAUGCAGGGGGAGAUAGAGAACCAGAUUACAGCUGCCUUCACCAUGAUUGGCACUUCCAGCCAUUUGUCAGACAAGUGCUCCCAGUUUGCCAUUCCCUCGCUGUGCCACUACGCCUUCCCCUACUGCGACGAGACCUCCUCGGCCCCAAAGCCUCGGGAUCUGUGCCGGGAUGAGUGUGAGAUCCUGGAAAACGUCCUGUGCCAGACAGAGUAUAUUUUUGCAAGAUCCAACCCCAUGAUUCUGAUGAGGUUAAAGCUGCCCAACUGUGAAGAUCUUCCCCAGCCAGACAGCCCCGAAGCUGUCAAUUGUAUCCGGAUUGGCAUUCCAAUGGCAGAUCCCAUCAAUAAAAACCACAAGUGCUACAACAGCACGGGGGUGGAUUACCGGGGCACGGUGAGCGUGACGCGCUCGGGGCGGCAGUGCCAGCCCUGGAACUCACAGUACCCCCACACCCACACCUUCACCGCCGUCAGGUACCCCGAGCUCAACGGGGGCCACUCCUACUGCCGCAACCCCGGCAACCAGAAGGAUGCCCCGUGGUGCUUCACCUUGGAUGAGAACUUUAAGUCCGAGCUCUGUGACGUCCCGGCAUGUGAUUAUAAGGAUUCCAAGGAAAAGAAUAAAAUGGAGAUCCUGUAUAUCCUGGUGCCAAGUGUCACCAUCCCCCUGGCCAUAGCCUUGCUCUUCUUCUUCAUCUGCAUCUGUCGCAACAACCAGAAGUCGUCGUCCCCUCCGGUGCAGAGGCAGCCGAAACACGUCCGAGGGCAGAACGUGGAGAUGUCCAUGCUCAACGCCUACAAACCAAAGAGCAAAGCCAAGGAGCUGCCUCUCUCAGCCGUUCGCUUCAUGGAAGAACUGGGUGAAUGUGCCUUUGGGAAGAUCUACAAGGGACACCUCUACCUCCCCGGCAUGGACCACGCUCAGCUCGUGGCCAUCAAGACCCUCAAGGACUUUAACAACCCUCAGCAGUGGGCAGAGUUCCAGCAGGAGGCCUCCCUGAUGGCCGAGCUGCACCACCCCAACAUCGUGUGCCUGCUGGGCGUGGUGACGCAGGAGCAGCCCGUGUGCCUGCUCUUCGAGUACAUGAACCAGGGCGACCUCCACGAGUUCCUCAUCAUGCGCUCGCCCCACUCCGACGUCGGAUGCAGCAGCGACGAGGACGGGACCGUGAAAUCCAGCCUGGACCACGGGGACUUCCUGCACAUCGCGGUGCAGAUCGCGGCAGGCAUGGAGUACCUGGCCAGCCACUUCUUCGUCCACAAGGACCUCGCCGCUCGCAACAUUCUGAUUGGAGAGCAGCUCCACGUGAAGAUUUCCGACCUGGGGCUCUCCAGGGAAAUCUACUCGGCAGAUUAUUACAGAGUGCAGAACAAGUCCCUCCUGCCCAUCCGCUGGAUGCCUCCGGAGGCCAUCAUGUACGGCAAGUUCUCCUCCGACUCGGAUAUUUGGUCCUUCGGAGUGGUUUUGUGGGAAAUAUUCAGCUUUGGGCUUCAGCCUUACUACGGGUUUAGUAACCAGGAGGUCAUAGAGAUGAUCAGGAAGAGGCAGCUGCUGCCAUGCUCCGAGGACUGUCCCCCCAGGAUGUACAGCCUGAUGACGGAAUGCUGGCACGACCUGCCGUCCCGGCGGCCGCGCUUCAAGGAGAUCCACGCCCGGCUGCGCUCCUGGGAGGGGCUCUCCAGCCACACGAGCUCCACCACCCCCUCCGGUGGGAAUGCCACCACCCAAACGACUUCCCUGAGCGCCAGUCCUGUCAGCAACCUCAGCAACUCCAGGUACCCCAACUACAUGUUCCCAGCCCAGGGGAUACCUCAAGGCCAAAUCGCCGGGUUCAUCGGCCCCCCGUUACCUCAGAACCAGCGGUACAUCCCCAUCAACGGAUACCCCAUCCCACCGGGAUAUGCUGCUUUCCCAGCCGCCCACUACCCCCCACAGGGCCCUCCCAGGGUGAUCCAGCACUGUCCUCCUCCCAAGAGCCGCUCUCCCAGCAGCGCCAGCGGAUCCACCAGCACAGGGCACGUCACCAGUUUGCCGUCGUCGGGAUCCAACCAGGAAGCAAAUAUCCCUUUGCUAUCCCACAUGGCAAUUCCUAAUCAUCCAGGGGGGAUCGGGAUUACAGUCUUUGGAAAUAAAACUCAAAAACCAUACAAAAUUGACUCCAAGCAGUCUUCCCUGUUGGGAGACUCCAGCAUCCAUGGACCCAAUGAAUCCAUGAUUUCGGCAGAGUUGUAAAUAAACGGGGCCUUUGUAAAUAGAACUAUUUACAGCACAAACUAGAAAGUCGUAGAAAAGAUUUAUAUGCAAAUAUUUUAUUACAGAUUCCUCUGGUUGUUGAACAGACAUUGCAGGAAGUAUCUUCUGUGAAGUUUCACUACUUGACAGGAUGGGCAGAAACAACCAGGGACAGAUCCUUGUGGUGGGAAUACUCAGCCUUGGCAGCGGACGUGUCGUUUCUCCGAGUGCCACUGACAAUUCAAAGAGGGGAAGGGGGAAUUUUGUUUUUUUCUUUAAAUAAAAACAUUUUAUUAUACACUUUUUCACAGCUUUUUAAACCUCCAGUGUGGUUUAAAUCACAGAAACUUUUUUUAUACUGAAAACAUAUUUUAAUAUUUGUCUCUUUUUUUAAGGGAUGCAAAGAUUUGGAGAUCCACUGGGUGUGCAAUUUCAGUGCCAAUGGGUGGUAAAAUAUUUGUAAAUGUUGCAGUCGAGGAUUAUGUUUCAAAUAUGUGAUCUGAGAGCUGAAUAAAUCACUUCAGGUAGGAUUUUGGUCCUUCAUUAAGUUGGGAGUCUGAGCUCAGAUUCAGACCAAAAACCGUCAUUUCUCUGACAGCACAAAUGCUCGAGUUAUCAACUUGCAGCCUACAAAACUCAUCUGCUGCUGGCUGCCAAAGACAGAUGGAGUUCUAAGGAAUUGCCUUAAAGGAAGUGAAGUUAAAGGGUUUUAAUUUCAGAACCUGAAUCAACUUCUUCAAAAAUAACAUUUCAUAACCUAAUCAUUCACACAGAAAUUUUAUCUCCUUUUGUUGCUAUGCAACUGUAUAAUGGAAAAGCUCCCAACCCCAAUUUUAUAGAUGACAAUCAGUUUUCCCUGGAAUAUUUAUUGUGUCAUUUCAGUGACUCUGACUCCAGUAACCCUGGAAAAAAAGGGAGACUCACAUUCCAUCAGGCAGCAAAUCCAUCGAUAGCAAUUGUGUCUAAUAAUGUGAAUUAGUGUUGACUUUCCACUUAGAAAUACAUCAGUUGUGUAAUUGCUAAAAACCCAUUCAGGUACAACCAAUCCAGAUUCUUCAUUUGAAACCACUUUAAUGAGUUACACACGUGCUGUGUACGGUACAGUUUUCCACAGACUCUUUUUUUGUACUGAAUAGUAUUUUUAUUGUACACGAAAACAAUCUUUUGCUCAGUUGACAAUGUUGUAUAAUAUGACUUUGUUUUUAUCUUUUUGCACAAGAGUGUGAGGAUGUUUUGUACAGCAGAAGUGAAAAUACAUCUCUGCAUUUUAUAUCUUGGUCUGUUUCUUUUUAUUUUUAACCUGAUGUAGAUGUUCUUGAAAUAUAUUCUGGUGAUAUUCAGCCACUACCUUAUACAAAUAUCUUUCUUUGUUUUCAUUGCAUGCUUUUAAUCACUGUAUUACUUGAUGAUUGAUUUAUUAAUUAUGGGCAUUUCAAUUAGGCAAGCAUGAAAAUGUAAUAACAAAGGCUAUUUUAUAAUUAAGAUAUGUGCAUUUUUGUAUUUCACAUGCCAGAGAUGAUAUUAAACACUGAUUAUUUUA